CUCAAGUUUGUCUGCUGUCUACCGUUUCUCACCACCCGUCACUGGUGACAGCUGUCAUAGGAGAAAUAUGUUUUUAAGCCGAUUCAUCCACACGUAAACAUACGUAAACAAUUGUUUUGUAGCUCUCAACGGUCGUCCUAAAACAACUUUCGUCUUGACAUCUCAUCACAUCUCACACGAUUACUAUUCAACCUGCUGAUCGUAUAUUUUUGGCGUUUCAAUCGACAACAUACGCGGUAAAGGAUGACAAUGGGCGAUGAGACCCCAGUUACAUCACUGGUGCUUCCUGUCAUAUUAAGACCGAUAUUAACUAAGCUGGAAAGACUAAAUGUGAUAGCUGCACAAACUUUACGUGCAGCUCUCUUAAAAGCAGAAAGCUCACAUCCUGGGAUCACACACGAUUUAAUUUUGGGUAUAAUACGCAGGGCAGAACUUAAUCUUGAUAUGAAUGAGAGUGUUUUACGCUUACAAGGUGCUGCCUCUGAUUAUGAUGUUGUAGAAUAUCGCUCAGCACGUUCGGAGGAUGCAUUUCAAGAAUUAAAUCGUAAAUCGACUUCUUUAAAAAGAAUUCUCAGCAGGAUUCCUGAUGAAAUCACAGAUAGAAAGACUUUUCUGGAAACAAUCAAAGAAAUUGCAAGUGCGAUAAAAAAACUUUUAGAUGCUGUGAAUGAAGUUACUGCAUUUAUACCUGGUUCAGCUGGCAAACAAGCUUUGGAUCAACGCAAGAGAGAAUUUGUGAAAUAUAGCAAAAGGUUCAGCAAUACGUUAAAGGAAUAUUUCAAAGAAGGGCAAGCAAAUGCAGUAUUUGUGAGUGCACUGUACCUGAUACAUCAAACAAACAUGAUUAUGCUCACAGUAAAGGAUAAAUGUGAGUAAAACAUGAUAUUAUAAUGAAAUCUCAGAAGUUGUAUGUGAUAUCUGUCACACAGGAGUCGAAUUAUAUUAAUAUUACAACCUGCCCAGCAUCCUAAUCUUAUAUAUUCUAUUAUACAGACAAUAUGUGUGUGUGAUAGAAUUAAAAUAUUCGAUAUAAAGAAUUUUAUGUCAUUACGUUCACAUGGUAAUUAUUUCACCAUAGUUUUUGUUAUAUACGCUAGAUAAUGUGUUAGCGCAUAUAUUAAUACAAUAAAUAUUAUAUAUUUCUUAUGUUAAUGUUGUAUAUAACACACACAGAAUCAUACAUAUAUAUACACAAAUAAGAUGUCUAACAAUUCAAGACCCAACGUCCGUGUGAAUCCCAACAAUUCAUAGGAUCAAAAAAG